CGGGAGAGAGAGACAGAGACUGGGGAGAAAGCAAGGGCGAGUGACGCGCCUGCGCUCUAGGGUCCUUGUCGGGCCUUGGGCGUUACGCCUGCGCAGUGCGUGGACUCCGAGGAGGCGAGACCUUCAGCUUGGCGACGAGGAAGCGGCGGCCUUGAGGUGUAUAUAAAAGAGCUUAGAGGAGAGUUCUUCUGUAGGUUCACGUUGAGAAAUAAAUGAUUUAGGAGCUAAGUUGUCAUAAAAGAAGUCUGCAACCAUGUUCUGCGGUCCGUCUAAACCCUCAGACCCCAUGGCUAUCCCACCAGCUUACUGUGACCUGGGUAAAUCCGCCAGGGAUGUAUUCAACAAAGGAUAUGGGUUUGGCAUGGUCAAGUUAGAGUUGAAGACUAAGGCAGCCUCUGGAGCGGAAUUUAUCACUAUGGGCUCCUCCAAUACAGACACAGGCAAAGCAUCAGGCAGCCUAGAGACCAAAUACAAGUUCAAGGCUUAUGGACUGACGUUCUCCCAGAAAUGGAACACCGAUAACACCCUGGGGACAGAACUGUCCCUGGAGGAUAAGUUGGCUGAGGGGCUGAAGAUGAACCUUGAAACCAUGUUCGUACCAAACACAGGGAAGAAAGGUGGGAAGUUGAAGGCAUCCUACAAACGGGAGUAUCUAAACAUCGGUUGUAAUGUGGACAUUGAUCUCUCUGGACCAACCAUCCAUGGUUGGGCAGUAUUGGGCUAUGAAGGCUGGCUUGCUGGCUACCAGAUGGCUUUUGACACAGCCAAGACUAAACUGACACAAAAUAACUUUGCUUUGGGAUAUAAGGCAACAGACUUCCAACUGCACACGAAUGUGAAUGAUGGCACUGAAUUUGGUGGCUCCAUCUAUCAGAAGGUUAAUGACAAGGUUGAAACAUCUGUAAGUCUUGCCUGGACUGCUGGCAGUAAUAACACUCGGUUUGGUAUUGCCACCAAGUAUCAACUGGAUGAGAAAGCUUCUGUCUCGGCCAAAGUUAAUAAUGCCAGCCUCAUUGGACUUGGUUACACUCAGACCCUACGACCUGGUGUGAAGUUGACUCUCUCAACCCUGAUUGAUGGCAAGAAUUUCAGUUCUGGCGGUCAUAAAAUUGGGCUGGGAUUUGAGCUUGAAGCUUAAUGUAGGUUUUGAUGACAUAUUAGAGCUUUAUUUGGAAGAUGAAGGAGAAAACAAACCCCACGUGUUCUGGCCUUAAACUCUUCUGUGAAACUUCAAAAAAAGAAAAAGAAAAAAGUGUGAACUUGAUAUUCUUCCAAAGAAUUGUUGUAACCCAAACACUGAAGUCUGGAGAGUGCAAACCCACCAUGAAGGGCAAUACUUGAAGGCAUGCAUGGAAGUUGCAAUGGUUGUGCUACAUUUCUGUUCUGUUCCUCAGUUAAUUUAAAAUGUUUUCCUCCGAAGACAGCAUAGCGUCUGGUUAAAGGAAAGAGGCCCCCCUCAGUCCUUCUGUGUUACUACAUCACAUCCUGCAUGUCCUACACCUCACAACCUUUUGUCCAAUUGGUCUCUGUGCUGUAAUGGAAGCUGUGGUUUUGCAUCAAAGUGGAAUAAAUCAAAUCACAUUUGGAACUGA